CAAUAGAAACAUUUUUAAUUUGCGCUCAAUAGAAACAAUUUUUGACAAAACAAGUUUUUUAUUAUAAACGCAUGUUUUAACUUUUGCUUCAUGUUUUUGAAAACUUUCAAUAUCUCAAAUUACGUUACGAAGCAUCAAAGCUUGUAAUGUUAAAGCUUUUGUUUCUUACAAGCAGGACAUAGCCAGGAUACAGUAUGAGCGAUCCAUUUGAAUGCUGUAUUUGCCUGGAUACUCUUGAGAACCCAAAGGCUUUACAUUGUGGUCACUCGUUUUGUUCAACCCCGAAAGAUUGCCUGCGUAAAGUUCUAACCAGUGACUCUAGAAGGUGUUCAAAAUGUCGAAAACCGAUUGCUGCAAGCAUUAGAAACGAGGACGACAUAUCGAUCAAUUACGAUUUGAAAACCGCAAUUGAGGCAUCACAACAAAGCUCAUCAAAUAAAGAGAAUCAAGCUAGCCAAGACCUUUGCAGUGUUCACAAAAAUGCGAAGAAGUUUUAUUGCAAAAACUGCUCAGUGGCUGUUUGCGAAGAUUGCUGGAAUCGAAGUCAUUUAGACCACUCAGUCGUGCCAUUGAAAUCAGUGCUCAAAGAGUUGAUCACAACAUCAAGCGAUUCAUGGAAGUUUGUUGAACAGUAUCAAAACAAUUACAAAAGUUUGGUGUCAAGUUCUGUUGACCUGAACGAGGAAAUUGUCUCUACUAUUCAAAGACUCGAAAAAUUAACGGAGCUGAAAAACAAAACGCAAAACGCACAAAAUGUUCAAAUUUUUCAUUCGCUCCAGGAGAAGUCUUUAGAGGAACUGAAUGAACAGAAAAAAGUGGUCGAGAAUAUCAAAUCAAACAUUUCAAAGUUGUCUAACUCGUGCACUGCAGUUGAAAACAGUCUGAACAAAGCGAUAGAUACUUUCAGUCAAAGCAAAACCAGUGGAAGCUCUAAGAAGCAAUCAGGAUCAGCAUUGACCAGAAAAACAGCAACAUUAGGGGUUAAAAGUUGGCAGUUGAGAGAUAUUCGCAAAGGCAGUGCAACCACUGGCACCUUUGAAAUAUAUCGCUCUCAGUUUUAUUCGCAAACUCAAGAAGUGUUAGCUAAAAGCAGAAACGCAAUUUCAGUUCUCAAAGUUCAAGGCGAAACCAUUACAGAGGACAGAAAACUACCAUUUCAGGGUGUUGAAGGUACUUCAGCUUAUAGUCUUUCUUAGUUUUUUUUGCUUACAUUGAAUCUCGAGAACAUUAUGAGGCCAAACUGUGUAUUUUGUGAAUUACUUAGAGUUCUGCAACCAGAAUGCGCUCUUAAUUUUCUCGUUUGUUCUUUCGUUUUGUUU